AUAGGAGAUGUAUAUUUGUACUGCUGUAUUUCUUGGUUUCAAAGAGUUGUUGUUGUUGGUAGAAACCACGGAUUUGUGUCUCUUUUUGUCGUCUUUCAGGCGGUGGGGGGUUGGAAGCGCAGUCCGUCGUCUCGCCCCUCCAGCAGGGCGGGGUCAAGCGAGGAUCUGCUCUCUGAUUCGGCGAGCGUGGCGUCCGACAUCAGCGACUCCUCCUUCAACUUCAGCCUUCUGGGGAAACGCAUGCUGGCUCCGCCCACUAAGAGUGCUAUGAGGAACAUGUCAGGUGUGAAAGCUCCACCUCUUCAGAGGAGGAGGGUGACGGAGAGGAACAACACAUCCUCUUCCUCGUCCUCAGUGUCCAGCUUCAACUCCAGCAUCUCUCUGUCCCCAGCCAAAGGUAGACUGAACUCCUCUCUGAGCGGCCCCGCCCCCAGCAGACCGGCCAAUCAGAGCCGCCCUCGUCGCUCCACCAUCAACACGGAGCCAACAUCUUCCUCCACCAUCGCUGACCGCCGCUCGAUGUCUCUGCAGAACAGGAAGCUGUCCGAGGUGGAGCGCGUCAAAGUGGUCAGAUCCACGCCGCUGAAGAGGUCCGAUUCCACGCCGGUGCAGCUGACCCUUAAGAGAGGGUUGGAGAAGAGCACCCGGCCUCUGAGCGCUCUGAGGAGCAGAUCCAGACCUGAGGCGCUCGUCCUUCUGACACCAGGCGGAGGAUUCAGAGGAGUCCGCAAUGCAGACGCUCCAGAGGUCUCAAAGAUGUUGAAGCCAAAGGCGCUGACGUCAGUGAGCAGCGUGGACAGUCUCCAGAAGUCCUCCGGCCCUCUGACGCCCCCUGCUGUCCGGUCACUGCAGGUGAAACCUCAACGUCCCUCUGCCCUCCCAACCCCCGUGAAGCGCAGGAUGUCCUCCAUCCCCGUCGCUACGCCCACCACCAAGAGCCGGGCCAGCAGACCGCCGUCCAACCCCGGCUCUGACCCAGACUCUGACCCCGCCCACACACCCUCCUCCACCAGGAGGGACAGGAGCUGCUGCCCCGCCCCCGUGGAGAUGCAGGAGGCGGAGCCUGUUGAAGUGCCUGUCAUCCAGCCUUUCUGCCUGGAGGAGGAGGAGCUUCCUGCUGCCCCGCCCACCAGCUCACCACAUUCCGACCAAUCAGAGAGCACAGAGGCUGGAGCACCGAGUCAGGGCCAAUCAGAGUGUACAGUUCCUGCAGCACAGAGUCACAGCCAAUCACAGAGCACAGUUCCUGCAGCACAGAUUGAGAGCCAAUCAGAGAGCACAGAUCCUGCAGCAGCGAGUGAGAGCCAAUCGGAGAGCACAGUUCCUGCAGCACGGAUUGAGAGCCAAUCAGAGCCCAGCAGGAACCUGAUCGAACCUGAAACUAAAGAGGAGAGCCACCACAAGACACAGGAGUUUCUCCUCCUGGAUCUCCCCGUUCCGACGCUGCUCCCUCAGGAGAAGAUGCUCAUCGACCUGAGCAACACCCCCGACCUGAUCCGCACCAGCAGCAAGUCCUGCUCCAACUCUCAGCUGAUCGACCUGACCUCUCCGCUCAUCAAGUGGAGUCCUGAAGACAAGAGGGAGAACCACGCUCCGCUCAUCAACCUCUCCUUCUGAUCUUCCUCUUCGUCCUCUUCAUCCUCCUCCUCAUCCUCCUCCUCAGGAUCUUCCGUAAACUGGACUCUUAAUUAUUAUAAUUUAGUAAAAAUGACCCCUAAAGUUUUUAUCAGCGUAGCCUUAACUGACUAUUAUGUUUUUUAAAUGGUGAAAAUAUUCAAAGGUUGCAGAAGGUGUUUCUGCACCGGAUUGUAUUUCUAUUGUCUCAGUCUUGCUCUUAUUGAUGUCUGAAUAAAUGUUGAUUAUGUCA